CAAAAUAUUUCUAUUUGUCGUGAAAUCUGUCAUGUAGGUGCGAUGUAGGGGUUUAAAUAUAAUUCUUACGCUAUUUCUUAAACAAAUGUGCAAGUAUUAGCUUAAUGAAAAGACAUGUUCUCCAGUGGGGGAUAUUUCCGCGGUUUCAACUGUCCAUUUUUCGCCAGUGGACUCUGUGAACGUCCAUACUGCCACUACCGACAUGUGAAGACUGAGGAAGAGAAAGUACAAAGUAAAGCUGCAAGCAGUGGAUAUUCAGAUGCACAGAUUGAAGAAGAUUUGACAACAGGAAAUGGACUAGUUUGUUUAAAAGGAGAAGCAGUUAAAGUGAAUAAAUACACAGGGGAACCUGAAAUUCAAACUGCAGAAAAGACAGAUCUCGGGAAGUUACCUCAGGAACAUGUCAACAAGUACACUGGGGAACCAAUGGUGGCCCCGCCGUCAAAUGAAUAUGUCGUGGAAGUGAAUUCACACUGUAAAAAGUACAAACCAACAGAUAAGAAAUAUAAUGGAGAACUAAUGGGGGCUCAGCCAUUAAAUGAAUACACAGUUGAAGUGAAUUCAAAUUGCAGGAAGUAUAAUCCAACAAAUAAAAACUAUAAUGGAGGACCAAUGGUAACCAAGCCAUCUAAUGAAUACACAGUAGAAGUGAAAUCAGAAUGCAAAAAGUAUAAUCCAACAGACAAAAAUUGUGAUGGGGAACAAAUAAUAACUCAGCCAUCUAAUGAAUACACAGUAGAACUAAAUUCAAAUUGUAAGAAGUACAGACCAACUGAUAAACAAUCACUCAAGUCUCAAAGACCCAAAUUACAAAUACACAAACCUGUUCAAAAAAUAAACAAGUACACAGGUGAACCAGUAGUGGACAUUGUUGACAAACAAACAUACACUCCAGAAGCAAAAGACUUCCCUGAGUAUAACCCCACUCCCAUCAAUCAGUUAAAACCUAGUCUCUCCAAAUAUCAAGCAGGUAUAUUAGACAUUGAAAAUGAGCAAGAAUAUGACCCACAGAGUAAUUUUUCUACAAAAAGCUUGCUUGAACCCUCUCAGCCAAUGGCUAUUAAAAGAACUUUUACCUAUGACCCCACCACCCCUGAUUUCAAUCACCCUGCCAAAAGAGCCAAAGGCGAUCUAGAGGAAGCUGGGCCAGAGGAUAAUAAAGACGAGAGUGAUGAUGGAGAAAUGGGAAUGUUCAGCGAAGAUGAGGAAGAAGAAGAAAUCAAGAUUCCAACACUGGGAGAUAGUUCUGAGGAGGAAGACUCGUCAAAACCCUCCAUAAUUACGGACGUGAAAGUGUUUGAAAAUUUGCUUUUACCAGUUAUGGAUCAUGACAACAAUAGUAAUGAAACUUCAAGUGAAACAAAGAAGUUAUCAGAGUCGGGGAAAAAGUCCCACACUGAAACAAAAGACCAUGCCAAAAAAGUCAGAACGAAGGAGAAAUUAUCAAAAUCUUCUGCCAGUAAUGAUUCAAAGAAAAAUGGGCACUCACAGAAAGAAAGAACAAGUUCCAAAUUAGACUCAUCAGACUCCUCAAAACACAGUUCAUCCUCAAAAUCUAGAGAAAAUUCCUCCUCUAGGGCAUCUUCAAGCAAAUCUUCUGUGAAAGACUCCACAAAGUCAGUUGAGAAACAAAGUUCAUCUAAUUCCUCAGACAAAUCAUCUAGCAAACACACACAUCACAAAUCUUCUACAUCUUCCUCCUCCAAACCCAAAUCAUCCAGUGAAAAAGAAACUCCAAAAAAGCACUCCUCCUCCUCCUCCUCCUCCUCCUCCUCCUCAAAACAAAAACAUGAACACAGUAAACAUUCAGCUCAUGAUAAAAGUUCAAAUAAGCAAGACCAUAAAAAACAUUCUACAGACAAAAAGAAAGAACAAUCUGGGAAGUCACAUAAAAAAUGUGAAUCUAGUGGGCACAGUAAAAAUGAAUCCAGUGGGCACAGUAAACAUGAAUCCAGUGGGCACAGUAAACAUGAAUCAAGAUCAAAAAGUUCAAAGGAGACUUCUAAGGACUCUGUGAAAGGAGAGAGUAAGAAGAGGGAUAGGUCGGUUUCACUGGACAGUAAUGGGUCUAAGAGGAAGAUUGUGGAUAUUAACUUGGACUUGUUUGGUAUGGACAGCGAUGAAGAGGACAGCAUUCCUCCUCUGAUCAGUGAUGAGGAGGAAGAGGAUCCGUAUGAGGAGUGUCUGAGGAUUUAUAAUGAAAGUAAUGUCUCCAAACCAUCACCCAAGAAAAAAAGCCGAACUGAAAGGAGUAUCAGUGAAACAGAGCAGUCUGAGAGUGUGCCGAUUCCAGGAAAAAAGAGGACCGCCCACAAAGGAAGCAGAGAGGUGACAAGAAAGAUUCCAGAGAAGCCCCAUUCAAAGUUGUCCCCAGCUCAGAUCAUGCACAACAGAUUUGUAAUGAUGCAGAAACAGGCUCAAGAAGAGGCUGGAAGAUCUCAGGAAGCUUCAACAUCAUCAUCAUCAACUGGAAAACAUAGGGUUGCACAUCAAAGUAACGUAAACCAGAAAGUAAAGAAUGGAAGAGAGGGGACCAAAGUAGUGGAUGGGAAAACUGUAGUCUCCACGGCAUCCAAAACUCAAAAACGCACAGCUCAUGUACCUAAUGUGAAGAAUAUCAAGCGACCCACAAUUCCAGCGGAGUAUGGGAGCAAGGUCCCGAUCAGCGUGAGGCAGCGAUAUCUCAAUUCUAUCAUUGAUGAAUGCUUGCCUCUUUAUGAUAAUGAAGAGGAUGCUUUUAAAAGGGGUUUAGAGGAAGAACUCACUGUGUACAAAAGAGCCAGUAACAAAACUGUCUACCUUAAUGUCGCAUGUAACACAAUCAAAAGGCUGCGAACAGAGGCAGCGGAACUUACAGCUUCUCCGACAAAACCUACAUCCCCUCUGAAGAUGUCUCAUGAAGCGGUGUUAGGAGGUAAAAACGCAACCAGGACGACCUACACCCUCAACAGAUCAGGGGGCUCAACAAAGGGACCCAUUGAAAACUUCAAAGGGAGUGAACUUUAUAACAGACUUGCCAGGUACAUAAUGACAGAAGAACAGCUUCAGGAGAAUGGAUUUCCUCGACCGGAUAGUGAGAAUAGCUCAGUAGCCAAAAUAUACACAGUCAGUCAGCAGGAGCAGAACAGUGCCAAACUUAAAACACAUGAGAAAAUUUGUGUGCGGUGUGGGAAGCGAUUCAUGGUGUUUCCUAAUGGAACGUAUGCACAUCAGGAGGAGUGUAGUUACCACUGGGGGAAAGCUUGGAAAAAGAAAAUUGCUGGGUACAUUGAAACUAGAUAUACUUGUUGUCAAGGAGAUUUAGGGACAGAGGGUUGUCAAAUUGCUAAGUGUCAUGUCCAUGAGACCAAUAAGUGGGAGAACCGUACGGGUUAUAUGAAGACCCUCCCAUGUUCACCUGCACCUGAUGGAGAUUAUGGAGUGUAUGCCAUGGACUGUGAAAUGGUGUACACUCAGGGUGGUGUGGAGCUCGCUCGAGUUACUGUGACAGACUGUGAGAACAACUCAGUGUAUGAGACCUUGGUGAGACCAGACAGAAAAAUUAUAGAUUACAACACCAGGUUUAGUGGGAUCACCAAGGAAGACAUGGUGGGUGUCACGACAACCAUCAGAGAUGUCCAGGCAGUGCUGCUCAGUCUGUUCACAGAGAAAACCAUUCUGAUUGGUCACAGCCUGGAGAGUGACCUGGCAGCUGUCAAGAUUAUACAUGAUACUGUGGUAGAUACAUCAGUAGUAUUCCCCCAUCGUCUUGGACCCCCCUAUAAAAGGGCCCUUAAAACGCUGAUGGCAGAAUAUAUGAAGAAAAUUAUCCAAGAUGAUGUUGGAGGCCAUGACAGUCAGGAGGACGCCAUUUCCUGUAUGGAGUUGAUGCAGUGGCGCAUUAAAGAAGAUGCUAGAAAAGAACCAAGAUGUAGCUGAUUCCUGUAAAAUAGAAUUUCAGUGAUUGUAAACAGAUAAAAAAUGCCACAGUUUCUGUAAACACUUGAUAAUCAGCCACAGUUUCUGUAAACAGUUGAAAACCAGAAACAGUUUCUGUAUACAAUUAAGAAACUGCCACAGUAUCUGUAAACAACUAACAAAAAUGCCACAGUUUCUGUAAACAGUUAACAAAAAUGCCACAGUUUCUGUGUACAGUUGAAAAAUUGCUGUUUCUGUGUACUGUUGAAAAAAAAUGACACAGUUUCUGUAUUCAAUUGAAAAAAUGGCACAGUCUCUGUAUUAAAACAACUAAAAAUGUCAACAAGUCCUGUUAGCAGAUAAAGACAAAGCAAAACAGGAAAAUGGGUUGCUUUCGAACUGAAAUUGAAUGAAAAGUGAAUAAGGGUUGUUUUGCCAGUAAAAAUUCUCAGGUUCUUUCAGAGAGAACAAUGUGUGGAAUGAUAGGAAGAUAUCUGUGUUAAAUGUAGUGAUACUGAACUGUAGUACUUAACAGUAUUCUUUUACCUAAGUUUAUCUAUUUUCAUUCUCUGGGAGAAUGGUAUUGUUGAAUGGAGAACCUCUUCCUUUUGUUAUCCUUAUAUUUGACAAAAAACAAUUUGUGAAACAAAAAUACAAAAUACAUGUACUUUGUGCAAUCCAUAUCUUAGACACAGCACAUUCUCUGACUCUUAUGGUCCAGAGGUAUUUCUAAAUUCAUUUUGCUUGUAAUUUGUAACAAUUUAUUCUACCUCUCUUUUUACAUGUUUACUUAUAUAGGAUCUGUUUCUUUCUUAGCUUUUGGAUUGUCUUUAUUAAGUUCCCAGUUAGUUAAUACUUUGUAAGAAUAUUAAUAACUACAGUAAAUUACCUCCUGUUUUAAAACUUGAAUAUUCUUGUUAAAAUAAAAGACUGUGCAGUUAUUAUCAGCAUUGACGUCUCAGUUGCAUAAGGAAGCAUGGUGACUGUUUGUGUGACAUAUGGAAUGUGAUUGUGUUAUUGUUUGUAUAAUUUUGUAUCUGGUGCAGUAAAUUAUUGAGAUUCAUCAUGUGCUAAAAUAUUAUUAUGUAAAUCUUAAAGAAAUUGUUGUGUUAGAAAUUAAUGGGCAUCAUGCUAAUAAAGUUGU